UGCAUAUAUGAUGUUUAUUGGAUGAAUGUCAAUGAUCAUACCCUAAAUAAAUGAUUUUUGUAGGAUCUUGUACGGUCAGUAAAAUUCAAUAAGGCAUCAGCUUUUAAAGAAUUUUAUUGAAAUUCUUUACUAUCAAAUACUGGCAGUGUAAGUUCUGCAUUUAAGGCGCGUCAAGGAAAUUUAUUAUUGGACUUUCAAAAUGCAUCGCAGUAAGCUCAUUCAAAUCUGAGAUAAUAGUGUUUGCCCAACUUGAUCAGAAACAUGAGCGAAGAAGAAUCAUACGAGGAAAUUGAAUCAGGCAGAAGCGUCAUUGAAAAUCCUUUGGGACUAUACGAGGGUGAACGAAACUUGGCUGGCGAUCGUCAUGGAAAUGGUAAAGCAUUGCUACCCAACGGCGACAUGUACUCGGGUCAUUAUUGCCAAGGAUUACGUCAAGGCCACGGCACCUACGUAUUCGCAAAGUCAGGCGCUAGAUACGAAGGCGAAUGGCGCCGCAACUCCAAACACGGGUGCGGAAGCUUCAUUUAUCCCGAUGGCACUCGAUACGAAGGCGAAUGGAAGCGCGACAUGAGGCAUGGCAUCGGUGCUUAUUAUUAUCGCAACGGCGACGUUUACAAGGGUAGUUGGAAACGUGGCUACCGUCACGGAUUGGGUACUUACACUUAUGCAGCGACAGGCUCGAAAUUCUACGGCAACUGGAUCGUCGAUCGCAUGCACGGCGCUGGCCAACUUAUUCAUUCGAAGCAUCGCUUUCAUGGAUUUUGGGACACGAAUUUGCCAGUUGGGCGUGGUUGUUACAUUUUUGAAGACGGGAGUAUGCAGCACGGCUAUUACGCGUUGAUUAGCGUGGAUCCGGUCCGUGAGGAAACGACAGCUUCGCGGGAGGCGAGCGUCGGGGAAGAUACUUGCGCGGAAGAGGCUGCCGAGAAGAUAAUGACCGAGAAGAAGGAGAUGAAACCAGUUCCAUUGAGGACAGGUAUAAUCCCGGUAUGGCGGGCUAGGUGUGUCACUGCCUACUUUCCGGAACUGCUACCGCCCGAACCCAAGCCGUUGCCUGAGACGGAUUCUUUGGAGUCGUUGAGCGACGUCUGCGAGGACGACGAGCCAUGCAAAAUAAAAUAUCUGAAGAGAGAAGUUCUCGAGUCGUACGAGGGCGAGACGGAGGAUGAAAAUGACAAGUAUGAUUACGAACUAUAGGUGCUCACGUAGCUGCCGGGUACUUUUCCAGUCCAACGACCAAGCUGCAUUUUGGGUCUGUAUAGAGAAACUUUGACCAGCCCGCUCAUCUAUGCCUUUUUUUUACGAUGAUAGCAGGUUCAUGCGGAAACCUUUUCAUCUCUCAACUCAUUCAUGAAAUACAUAAAUUACUGUAUCGAAAUUUGCUUUCACUUUAUUAAUAUAUGUGUGAAUCAAUUUUUAAUCAACAAUAUCUAUUAAAAUUUUUAUUUGCAGCAUAGAGAGUGUAAACAUACAGCCACGGAUAUUUUUUUGCAAAAGCCAUAUUUCUGUGCUUUGACAGUAAUUAAAAAUAAUUACAAAUACUUACCUUGUGAAAAUGUAAUAGCAAUCCUGUGUAGAUUCGAAUAUUUACCAAACGUUUUUAUCUACUUUCUAAAAAAAUAUAACCCCACUGCAAAAAUGUUUUUGCGUUAAGGAAAAAAACAAUAAAUUAUUGAAAUGUUUUAUGACGAUUAUUUAGAAUGA